CCUCAUCACAACCUAUGUGAUCUGUGCUGUGGACCCUGUGGACAAACCUCACUUUUUAAACGUCCGACGUUCCUUCUGGUUUGUAUUUUCGCAGCUUGAAAAUGGCUGCCCACAAGACGUUUAUUAUUAAGCGAAAGCUUGCCAAGAAACUGAAACAAAACAGGCCAAUUCCCCAAUGGGUGAGAAUGAGGACUGGAAACACAAUCAGAUACAACGCUAAGAGGCGUCAUUGGCGCAGAACCAAGCUCAAGUUGUAGGAUGUUUUUUGUUUUAUUGACUCAUUAAAUCAAUAGGCAAAA